UCUGUUCAGGUAAUAAAAAUUUUGAAAUUCAUUGCAGUAUGGGGAUUCGAGGUGUGAUUUUUGGAGUGUGGAUUUCAUUUUAUUUCGUUAAUUAUGUGCAAGGACAAGUAAUUUCUGGAAAUAUUCUCCAAAUUCUACAACGAACAACAGGAUUUUCUAAGUUUGCACAGUUAGUUACUCGGGCACAACUAACAAAGUUUUAUGAAUCUCCGACCACCAUGACAGUGUUUGCAUUCAACGACACGGCUUAUAAUCAACUACCGUACAGGGAACGCAAUGUAAUAGACAGCUACAAUGUAACUGAGCUCAAAGACUACAUCAAAUUCUGUACAAUCCCGGGAAAUCGCAUUGCAACCACUUUUAUCCAGAACAACCAGUAUGUGCGAAGCAGCAGCUCCAAUGGCGACCGCCUCUUUUUCAGUCGCGUCCAGAGAAUAGACACGACCGCAGGCCUCACUUAUGCACUGAAGUAUUACGUUAAUGGUGUGGAGAUAUCGGAUGGAUCAUAUCGUGACAUCUCGGCCACCAAUGGGGUUGUUCAUGGUCUAAAUGGAGUCAUGCGGAAGACAAGUCAGAAGACAACCUACGGAUGGAUCCAAAAUCCUGAAGAUACUGCACAGCAAUUUACGAGAUUCUUAGAUUUGAUGAGCUACCUAUAUGUAAUGGACCCCAUUAACGAUAUUUCGUCACCAGACAAGAUUAUCACCUUAUUUGUUCCCAGUGACAAUGCAAUGCAAAAGAUUCCUACUACCCAGCUGGACAGACUCAAGAAUGAUUCCAAAGAAUUACAACGGAUUAUUCAAGCCCAUUAUGUUCCUAAUCAGGCGAUUUUCACCAACUGUAUUUCUCACAAUGAGGGAGUUACCAAUGCCAAUGGAGAAACAUUGACUUUUCUCCAACCUUUUGGUUACAAUGUAUAUGUUAACAGUGGUGGUGUGAGUGCAGACAUCACUGAGGGAAAUGUAACUGUGACCAAUGGGGUGGUGCACGUGGUCGAUCAGCUGUUGGGAUUCGUUUACAACAACAUUCGUGAACAGAUUCAACGAGAGGGAACGAAAUUUGAACAACUAAUUAACAGAGGCACAGAAACCGUUAGGAAUGCCCUCCUACAGCCGUCGGGGAUAACGGUCUUCUUACCUCUGGACAGCGCCUUCCAGAAAUUCUCCAACAUCCCCUGGGUCAAUCUGACCAGUAAUCAAACUCUGGUGGACAUGGUGCUUCGGUUGCAUAUUCUACAACCAAAAAGCGCGAUCAUCUCCUCCUUGUCAGAAAUGAGCGGAUAUGAGAGUCGUCAAUACAGAAAAACCAUGUAUAAUAGCGAGAGGGUCACCAUUUAUAAUGAAAGAAAUGAAACCUGGGUACAGGGAAGUGAUGUGAAGGCUCGUGUGAUAGGACCGGACAUACAGACAAUUAAUGGCUGGAUCCACAUCAUCGACUCCGUGUUGGGAAUCCCCUAUUUGGAUCUCCCCAUGCUGAUAUGUCAUGACGUUUGGCUACUGCGUACAUACGACUACAUGAGAAGAGUGGGACUAAAGAACUACUUGACGGACCGUAGAUUCACGGCAGAGAAGUGUAGUUUCGAGUUAUACGGCUAUCCACCAAAUUAUCGAUCGGCCAUGUUCACUAACCAGGGACCGACAUGUCCCACUUAUUGUAGCCAGGCCGAGUAUAAGAACCAGUAUCCCUGUAACACAGCACAAUGCCAGACAAACACAGGUUGGUCCACCACGUGCCCCACUUACUGUGCCCAGGUGAAUUACCAGAACCAGUAUCCAUGUAAUACUGCAAUAUGUACCAAUAGCAACAUUGGAGGGGUAACAACCUGUCCAACAUAUUGUUCACAGUCCCAGUAUGCUAAUCAGUAUCCGUGUAACUCGGCCAUUUGUACUUCUGGGUUUAACUGCCCCGCUUAUUGCUCGCAGCCUCAGUACGCAAACUCCCAGCAAUGCCUAACUUGUGAUGGCGGCUCAAUAAGCCAGUGUCAGUAUAUGAUCUACUGCAGCGACCCAAGCAAUGCCAACAAAAGUCCGUGCAAUACGUAUCCGUGCAACAUGCUAAAUGGUACCUCCGAUUACGACAUGGGGUGCUGUGGAACGACCAGUGUGGCGUGUGAAUUCACAGUAUUUGUUCCUAAUUCCAGUGCUAUUGACUACUUUUCAUUGUCGCUUAAUGGAAUCAGGGUCAUGAGAGACACACCACGAUUUCAGUAUUUGUUUAAGCGGCUCAUUGUUCCUGGUAGAAUCUACUUAGAAAAACUUGGAAAUGGUAACCACCAGAUAAAAGUACUGAACGGCGAAACAAUAAGUCUCACUAAAACAAAUGACAGAGAGGUGAGGAUAUACUUCGGAGGAGCAUCAGCGAAUGUUAUUCACAUGGACGAAGGAGCUACAAACGGGGUCAUACAUAUCAUUGACCAGUUGCUGUUUGUCCAGGAAGAUCUUACAAGAAACAUAAAAACACCAAGUGAGGUUGUAGUAGAAGAAGAAAAAAUGCGAAAGGGCUUUUGUUAUAACGACACCCAAAAACUUGGGAUUCAUAUAAACUGUCAUUUUAACUCUACAAGGGUUGUAAUUGAAGAAGACUCGAGCGAUACAAAAAAUUGUCAAAACUCUCAUAACUCUCAAAAAGAACGCGUCACCUGUGUUGUUGGAGGCUAUGAUGAAACGUACAAUAUGUUGGAGUUUAUCUUAACAUCUAAUGACUCGGAGCACGCUGGGAAAUCAAUUUUGGUAAAUACCACGUGUGAAAACGGAACUGAUCAGAGCAAGAAUAUUACACUGUAUCCUUGUUUUUCAUGUUUCACUGCAAAUGUCAGGCAAAACGGCACACACGCCUUUUUUAUGUGCAAGCACAGUUUCUUCAACGUGUCAAAGCAGAUAAGUAUAAUUGAUACAGCUGAUGGGGUCCCUAUGGAGACAUGCAGAUGGAACGACAGCACAUCAACAACUGAAUGCAAUAUCCAAAAUCACGGACAUCCUCUUGGAAUCGAUGGCUUCAUUGCAAAAUAUACACCAGGGCGAGUUUUUCUAUGUAGUAUGGACAGGCAAAGCACUGAAAUGAUUCUGGAAGGAGGGAGUUUAACAAGUGGACAGGAAGGCCAAUACGUGUGCUGUGGUGUAGAUACAGUAAUUUAUGUAACAUUGAUAUGGUCAAUUUUUAAAUCAUUUAGAUUUAUUUAUUGAAAAACAUCUUCUUAAAGCAUUAAAACCUGUGUAAAGGGUAAAUUUUAUUGGACAAAAUCACUUUUAUACAUGUACUUCGUUUUUACGUUCGCUUUAUGCAAGAAAAUUAGAAUAUAAACGGUAAUGCUUGACAACAAUCUCAACUUUGAUUAUUUAAUCAUUCAGUUGCUUUCAAUUUUAUUGUAAAUAACACAAAAUUACGUUUAAAAAAAUAAUCUAUCAAGUACUUAAAGUUAGCUAGUUAUUCGUUAUGUUUAGUUUUGAGAUAGUGCGUUACUUUAGUUAAUUUUUUUUGGCAUGCAAACUUAAUUUGUACUUAGCCAUGUUUAGUUACCUAACUUCUGAUCUUGUUAAUUGUUAUUCUAGUUGAUGUUUCUUAGUCAAUGAAAUAUAAUGUGCACAAUAUUUUCCAUGAACGUGUAUGUUUAGACUGUCUUACUUGAUUGAUCACAUCAACUAACUAAACUAUUUAAGUCAGGAUUAUGUAGUUUUGUAUACUUGUUUAAUUGCCCUACAUGUACUACUUUGGAGGGCUACUAAAUUCUAAUAUUUUGAAGAAAGCAGUAUAUUUAAAAAAAAAAUCAUCAAUAAAUUAUAUAUAUAACUUA